GGUAUAAGAUCUACCUUGAUGUUAAGAAUCGGCCUAGUAUGAAUGCCAAGUUUCUUACUAAGGAUAAUCCUAAGGCUUUCCCCUUUGACAUUUUGGUUGAUUGCCUUCCACAUGAUACAUUUCUGACAGCUCUUUACAGAGAUGCACGGAUUGGCAAUAACAAACUCAAGAAUGCCAAACCCAUGUGCAAAGAUAGUACUGACGAGAUAAACAUUAAACUCACAACUAGGUGUUCCGAUUUUGAUGGCAGGACCUUCACCUGUAAAGUGGCUAAAGACUCGCAAGUUAGUGAGGAAGAAUGGAACCAGACAGUGGCCAACAGUCCUGAUGUAGCUCUGUCAGAUUCUGAGGAGAGUUUUGGGACCCCAGAUUCACAGGGUUCUGGGACAGAAAUACUAGUAGAUGCAUCGCAGGCAUCAGAUAGUUGGAAGUUGGAUCCUCAGGUAGUCAAAUGGGCAAAGGAAAUGAAAUGUAGAAGCCAGAAACAAGUUGCUAAACUCUUGUCAUCAAAGCAUGAAGCAAAGUUUGAGAGGGAAACAGCAAAAUCAGAUGAAAAGAAAAGGAAGCGAAAAUUGAACAAAAUUUGUCAACCUUUCAGACAGGAUUAUAACAAUGCUAACCCAGGUACCAUACCGGUUAGAUUGCUGAAAAAGCUUCACGUGUUAGCUUGCUCCGUCGGGAUUCUUAAAAUAUAUAGAAAUGGUACUGGUAGAAGUUUGGGGACAUGUUUUAGACUUGGAUCAAGAUAUGUUCUGACCAACAAGCAUGUUAAAGAAAUUGCAGGUCUGAAUGAUGUCUAUGUGUAUUUCGACUAUGAUGAAACAUGUAUGGAAGGGCAGCAUGUUGCAUUUAAAGUUGCACGUAUUGUUCACAUCAGCAGCCCUCAGGGAGAAGGCAUAGAUGAGUUGGAUUACAGUCUGUUGGAGCUGGAAGUUCCCCCUGAUCAGUUUGAUAAGCUGCCACCUGGUCUGGGGCAUAAGAUAGAGAAAGCUGUCCAGAGAGCAACAGUUAGAAUCAUUGGGCACCCAGGUGGUAGGCCAAAAGAAGCAGACUUUAGCUGUCCUGUUGUGGGUACAAAUCACACAAUCGCAGUCUAUUUUAAGUUCCAUUCUGGACGUCAUGCAGAUGAUCAAAUGCUGAACAACCCAAAGAGAUGUAAUUACUUGUCUUCAUUUGAUGGCGGUUCGUCUGGGUCGCCGGGGUUUGACGAUGAUCAAAACUUGGUGGUUAUGCACACAUGUGGGUACCAUCUGUAUGACACCGCUAAAGUUGAGGUGGCACAAGGUGUCAGAAUGACAGCCAUACGAGAUGACCUCAAACAACAUCUCUCAGCAGAUGAAUCAGACAUCAAAGACCUUGAAAGUGCCAACCCCAAGGGGCGAUUCUGGAUUAAGGUUGACGGCACAGAUAUCAAGCCUGCUCUCCAGGAGUCAAAGAAGGGGGAGUGGAACGGCGAUCCAGACCUUAAAGAUUGCAGAGUACAGAACUUGAGAAAGGAGAGAGAUGACCGGCUCAAACUCUUAGAUGCCACAGAAGGGGACACACUCCGCCGACUAGGUCUGCAGCAACUGGACUGUCCCUGA